UCUAAAAGCAACCGGCUAGAAGCUUCGGCCACACUUCUACAUACAAGUUUGACACGCAGAAGAGUCAGAUUUUUACACAAAUUUUUGCAUAACUUUUUGAGGAAAAUGUUCGUUGUACGUCGUAGCGCAGCCCGUUUGUACCCAGCUGGAGUGCAAUUGGCGAAAAUGAGCGGCAGCCAGGUCGGCGACUUGGGAAGCGGCGCCGGCAAGGGCGGUGGCGGCGGCGGCUCCAUCCGUGAGGCUGGCGGCGCCUUCGGCAAACUGGAGGCUGCACGCGAGGAGGAAUACUUCUACAAAAAGCAAAGGGAGCAGCUGGAGCGCUUGAAGAACGAUCAGAUCCAUCAGGCCGAAUUCCAUCAUCAGCAGAUCAAGGAGCACGAGGAGGCCAUCCAGCGUCACAAGCAGUUCCUCGACAACCUGAACAAGUGAACGAAGCAACAAA